CGUUGUAGUUUUUGAUUUGGAUUCUGUUGGCUUUGCACCUCCACCCCUCUCAGCUCCUCCCCUCCAUCACAACCCGGCCCGGCAACAUCACUCCGGGUCGAUUCCGAUGAGGAUCCGGAAAAGACAGGUCCCCUUGCCGCUCUCGUCUCUCUCUCCCGUGCCUCUAUCAGAUCCCAACCUCCUCAGCCUCAACCACUGCUCUUCCUCACCUCCCCUGGUGCAACCACCACAACAACAACAACCCCAUAUCCACCACGAUCCAAAACCCUCCCAACGACUUCACGAUGUGGGUCCUCUUCCUCCUCAGCCGUCUGAUCAUCCCAAUCGCCGGCUUCUCCCGCAGAUUGGGGCGUCCAGCAACGACUGCUCUGGGAGUGAUUUUUGCUGGGAGCUGAAGAAGAGAAAUUACUGUGCGGAGGCAUUGAAAGGGGAAGACGAAGAUGGAUCAAGAGAUGAGGGAGAGAAGAAGGGAAACGAUACCAGGAAGGGAAGCAUAUUGGGUGCAGAAACUGUAUCUGGGUUUGCUUCAGAAUCGUCAUGUUCUUCUCAUCGAGUUCUUGGGAGAUGGUUUGAGGGAGAGAAAGCGUUCCCAUUCAAGAAGCGAAGAGGGAGCAUCGGGGAGGCGACGAGAGUUGAGAAGGAGAAGAAAUUCACGCAUACUAAGAUGGAGAAGAAAAGUAGUGAUGGGCUGCAGCAAAGUGACGAUAAGAAGCAAGACGAUAGAGUAGUUACGGGAGAAGGUAUCAACCAGAAUGUUGUUAGUGGUACGAGUCCUAAGAAGAGAGCAAGAGGCAAUGCAAUUAUGGAGGGAUCGAGGUGCAGUCGAGUAAACGGAAGAGGAUGGAGGUGUUGCCAACAAACACUCGUCGGGUACUCGCUUUGUGAGCAUCACUUAGGAAAAGGAAGGCUUAGGAGCUUGAACAGCGUCCGAAGUCGGUCUCUGGCGAGUUCUAUUGGCUCCGUCGAGAGCAAGUCCAAGCAAUUAUCAAGACAGUCGUAUUUGGAGCUGCCAAAGGAUGAUGAUUGUAAACCUGAUAUGCUACUUGAUGUCAAUCAUGGCGGUGAACAUCAACGACAGCAAAGUGAACACAGUGAAGAGAAAAUGCCAUUGGUGGUUACGAAGAAGAGAAUGAAACUCGGUACUGUGAAGGCGCGAUCCAUGAGCAGCUUGCUUGGACAAAUGAACAGUGCAACUGCAGUGGAGGAUGAGAAUAACAAGUAG